GCGUCGCGUUUAGCGCUUUAAACGGUUCGUUCUGCCGGUGUGAACAGGUUCCAGCGUUACCGGGACACGAUCCGUCUCUCUGAAGAGGCUGUAGGUGUUUUACUGGAGUAUUCGGGGUUUGGUUUGUAUUUGGCGGAGGAAGGAGAAGCGCUGCGCAUUAAGACGUUUGAGAUCAGACUGCAGCGGAUCUGUCGCGGUCGGAUCGGCGCUGAUCUGCGCAGAUGUGUGCAGAUGUUUGUUCUGGGCUGGUGAUUCAGUGUUUGUGUUGUACGGGAUGCUUGUAGUUCAGGGUUCGGUCCUCCCCGGGUGGAUCCUCUGAUCGGGGCCUGUGCGUAAAAUGGAUCAGUCGGCGGGUUGCGUGAAUCUGUGCAGUCUGACCAGCACACUGCCGGUCAUUCCGUACCGCAAACUCACCGACCUGCACUACAUCAGUAAGGGUGGGUUCGGUACUGUGUUCAAGGCGCAGCACAGCGACUGGCGCACCACCGUGGCCAUCAAGUGCCUCAAACUGGACUCUCCUGUCGGUGAAAGGGAGAGGAACUGUUUACUGAAGGAAGCCGAGGUGCUUCACAAGGCCAGGUUCAACCACAUCAUUCAGAUCUUCGGCGUGUGUAAUGAGCCUGAGUUCUUCUGUAUCGUCACAGAGUACAUGACCAAUGGCUCUCUGGACGAGCUUCUGCACGAGAAAAGCAUGUACCCGGUCCUGGCCUGGCCGCUCAGAUUGCGAAUUCUGUACGAAAUCGCCCUGGGAGUCAACUUCCUCCACAACAUGACUCCACCACUGCUCCACCACGACCUGAAAACGCAGAACAUUCUGCUGGAUGGAGAGUACCACGUGAAGAUUGCUGAUUUUGGCUUGUCCAAAUGGCGCCAGCUUUCAAUCAGCAAAGGGUCUGGAUCAAAACCUGCCGAGAUGGGUGGCACCGUCAUCUACAUGCCACCCGAGGAGUACGAACCCAACAAGACUCGGAGGGCGGAUGUCAAACAGGACAUGUACAGUUUUGCCAUCAUCAUGUGGGAAGUGCUGUCACGCCGGGUACCAUACGAAGAUGCCACGAAUCCCAUGCAGAUCAUGUUCAGCGUCCUGCGCGGCGCCCGGCCCGAUACGGGACUGGACAACCUGCCAGAGGACAUCCCCGGCCGAGAGAUGCUCAUCAACCUCAUGACCUGCGGCUGGACCGCUAAUCCGGACGAGCGACCCUCGUUCAUCAAAUGCCUUAUCGAACUGGAACCCAUGCUUCGGAGGUUUGACGAAAUCGACGUGCUGGAGGCCGUGCUGCAGGUCAAAAAGUCAAAGUUCAUGCGACCACCGAGCAGCAGCAGCAGCACUUUGACCGCGUCAAUGAACGUGACACGAACCGAGGAGAAGAGCGUGAAAGAGCUGAACACACACUGGCCGGAUAACAGUUCCACAUCAGGAUCAGGGUCCUGCUCCUCCCAAGAGACCGACAUUUCCCAACCAGCCUUCCUUACCAGCUCAAAUUCACCUUAUGGUAUUCAUGGUGGACCCUUUUCUAUGGGUUCCAUACCUAUGGAUGCCCCGAAGCCUCUGAUGGAACAGAGCUAUCACAACAACCUGAAUCCGGAUACUCCGAUGAUCCAACCCAACACUGACGCCAGCAUUCCCUUUAAUAUUCAGCAGCUCACCCUGAAUCCACACCCACAAGAUUUUACCGUGCCGUUGGAUAAUCAGGGCCCGACCGCGCGCUGGAUCGGCCUCCGUCGUGAGGAGGUGGUGCGCCAGAUGACGGAGGCGUGUUUAAACCAAAGCCUGGACGCCCUGCUGGCCCGCGAGCUGCUCAUGCGCGAGGACUACGAGCUGGUGUCCAACCAGCCGACCCGCACGGCCAAGGUCAGGAAGCUCCUGGACACGUGCGAGCGCCACAGCGAGGAGUUCUGCCGCGUCGUGGUGCGCAAGCUGCAGGAGAACAAGCAGAUGGGCCUGCAGCCGUAUCCGGACCUGAGCUCGCCGACGCCUCCUCCUCCGUACAGCGCCGCCACCGCGCCGUUCCUCUCCAAUUCCUGUAAUAACAGCCGGAACGUGUUUUAAACGCCGCUCCGCUUUCAGACUGCAGACUUUCGGAUUAAAGCGCUCGGAGGCUUGAAAUGAAAUGUGUUGCUUCAGUCCUGCUUCACAGAGGAACAAAAUAAGUCUGUGUUUUCAUCUGAGCUUGAAGCUUUUCACCUCUGAACUUCUCUCAUCAGCAGCAAUGACGUUUUCUGACCCGCCCGCCUUCUGCAGCCUUUUUUUUGUUGGACUAUGCAUUAAAAGCUCAGCUCAUGAUUGGUGUAAUUUUAUCAUUUUUAUGGGCAGCGGCGUCAUCCUGGAAGAUUGUCGAGCUAAACAAAAUGUCCUUUUUCCGUUUGGUAGAACUGACCGUAAGUGCAGCCCUCGAUCCCAGCGCAGAUAACCAGCAUCGUCGUGCCACGUCCUUAUACGAUCUAUACAAAGCCACUCGUCUUCCUCCUAAAAGCUGGUGUUUUUUCAUGACGUGCACUUAUGCAAAGUCCUUUCUUGAUGUUUGCUUUACUGUAGCCGGAUCUCAGUUGGACCUUUUUGUUGUUCUAAUUGUUUUGGUAAAAAGGCUGAUUGUGGUUGACUGUGUCCUUAUUCACACUUAGUCAAAAAUAGUGCAUCUGUAGGGCAAAUGUUGAUCAUAUUGUUUAUAACUUGCAAUUGAAAUAAACAAAUAAUAAUAAGUGUUGAAUUUUGGUCAUAAAUUGACUUUUUUUAUAUAAUUUCACAAGGUGUGGUAGCAACACGCUUAAAGUGUAAUGGGUAAAUAUAGUAAUUUAAUAAUAUAAUAAUCACUUUGUUCCAAAUUUAAUUCUGAAUGCAAUGGCCCCAUGUUCAUCAGCUGGGCCUCCAAUCUGCUGUGUGGGAAAAGACCAGACUAAGGUGUGUGAUUAUUACGCUGCAUAAGGACCUUGGUUUCACAGGGCGCCUGUACAGAUGGUGGAGGUGCGCAGAGAAUAGGGCGUGGCUCUUCGUAUGCGAAGUACAUUGAGAAUAAGAAGGGAUUGGUGGAUUGCGCACAUGUCGGAGGGAGUGUGUGUCAGGCGAAUAUAUGCCCUCCUUGAACGCCGUCGGGGUCCCCAGCAGCGCAUUGGCUACAAUAAAUUGGGAGACAAGGGGUGGCACAGUGGCUAAGUGAGUAGCGGUCCGGGUCCUUUCUGUGUCGAGUUUGCGUGUUCUCCCCGUGUCUGUGUGGGUUUCCUCCGGGAGCUCCGGUUUCCUUCCACAGUACAAAGACAUGCAAGUGAGGUGAAUUGGAAACACUGAAUUGUCCAUGACUGUGUUUGAUAUUAAAACUUGUGAACUGAUGAAUCUUGUGUGAUGAGUAACUACCGUUCCUGUCAUGAAUGUAAAACAGAAUGUUAAAAUCCUAAUAAAUAAUGAAAUGAAAUAAUGAAUGAUUAAUGAAACAAUGAAAAUUGAUCAACAUUUGACAAAGUUAUGUGCUUUUUGUUUGACUCACAGUGUAUUAACAGGGUAAAAGAAUUACAAAACCAGUUCUUUAUAUGGUGGUUUGAGUUGGGGAUGAACCAGUCUGAUACUGAGCCUACAAUACUGGCGUGAAAUUAUCGGACAGUUAGCAUUCUGUCCUCUUUUCUAAAUAGUUAUUUGACUGUAAUUAUACAAAACGGAGUAUAAAUGGAAUUUGAUUUGGUCCCCUAAUUGAUUCUGGAAGUCGAAUUGCAUCAGCAAAGCUCGCCAAACUGGAAUAAAAUCUCAAAUAGCAAGAUAGCCAUAGCUAACAUGCUAACUUAGCUUUAGCCGAUCUUGGUUGGAGCAAAGGUCUGGUGUGAUUGGUGGUUAAAUUUUUAUAAUCAGCAGUUUGAUGGUGUUACAGUUACCAUGACGGCCCUUAUAUUAACUAAUACAACGUGUUAUUGCAUUCAAACAAAAGGCAGAAAUCUUCUUACAGUCUGGUGCUGUCAGAUACGUCUGAUACCUAAUACUUGACACUGGUAUUGUAUUAAAAAUGAAUGAGGAGGAUUGGUGCAUCCCUAAUUCAUUUACCUGAACUGUUAUGUUUUGUUUGUGUUUGUGUGUAGAGAAAUAGUGAAUCAGGAGGUCGUACAUAGAAAGGUGACAAAUUAAAGGGAUAAAAUGAUAAAAAAUGAAUAGAUACUGCAUGAUGCGAUCAAUCAAUGAGCAAUUCUGUCAUUUAUACACAACGGUGGUACGUCAGAGGCUAAGAGGGACCAGCCGACCUCAGUUUCGCCUCAAGAUCAUAAGAAAAAAUAUCUAAGGGCACCAACAACAUUAAAUGUAAGAAAUUAAGAGAAAUAGUCAUUCAUUAAAAUCUCAGAAUGGACAAAUGUAUGUGUAGAAUACACCAAGAGGAUGGUACAGACUCUAAUGCUAGACCUAAUUCUGUGCUGGAGCAUUUUGCCGGCAUUCAUUAGGUCUACUUGUUCCAAAGCUACUCUUACUUAUCAGUAUGAGAGAAGAAAUCAAUCCUAAUGGAUGACAAAUGCCCCACUACAGUAAAUAAGGGGUCAUUAAAUGGUUUUAAAAUUAUAUAAAUAAUAUUCUUUGGCCUCCAUAGCUAGCAGAUCUGAACUUAGUCAAAUUAUGGGAGAUUUACUGGUGCCAUGAUGGAAACACCACUUUAGAAAACCAGUCCUGAAAGACUUUGGCAACACAACAAGCAUUUUAAUGUAUUUACUUAUACUGUAAUAUUUUUUUCUUUAAUUUGUCACCCGACCGUAGCCGUCACACAUAUCCUGCGACAGUCGUGCCUGAAACGCUUCUUUUAUGAACAUGGUGCAGUAUUUUGAAUUUUGGUUCUGUGGUGGAACGUUCGUGUCAUUGUAGUUAAACUACCAACAGUGUGAUGGAGCAGUGGGAGCUUAAUAAAAACCA